AACAAGUCUCCGUUCUCAUCCUUCUGUGUUAUUUAAAAAAAAAAAGCAAUCCCUUAUUCCCUCGACUUCCAUGAACAAUAGUUGGAAAACCCAAAUGGGGUUUUUUAUUCUUCUCCUCAUCUUGCUUUGUUUCUCGAUUCCAUCUGAAACUAAAUUUGAUUCUCUCGAAGCCAGUGAAAACAUUGUAGGAAGGAAAGCUAAUUCUACAACUUUCAUAGAUUUGAAAGAUGGCCCAGAAUCUGUAGUCUUUGCGGUUCAGCUCUCAGAUCUUCAUUUCAGUGUUUUCCAUCCUGAAAGAGCACUUGAUUUUCAGAGGCUCGUGGGCCCUGCUCUUGCCAUGAUAAACCCAUCUCUUGUUCUGGUAACUGGUGAUCUAACAGAUAGCAAAAGUAAAGAUCUGUUAACAACGAAACAAUAUGAAGAGGAGUGGAUUGAAUACCAGAAGGUUAUGGAAAACGUUGUUGAAAGGAGUGGACUUGACAAGAAUAUCUUUUAUGAUCUUAGAGGAAAUCAUGAUAAGUAUGGUGUACCAGUUGUUGGUGGCUCAUUUGAUUUCUUUCCAAAUUAUAGUAUCAACGGACAACUAGGAAGAAGUGGGAAUGUUCACAGCAUCACUAUACAGAGUGGUGGACGAAAGCAUCUGUUUGUCGGGUUUGAUAGUACAAUGUCUGCUGGUUUACGUGGCCCAACCAAUCUUUUUGGGCAUCCGACAGAUGAACUACUAGUUGACAUAGAUAUGGAGCUCUCGCAGUGGGAUUCUCAAUCAACAAAAGGGUUAACAAAGAUCUCUUUCGGGCACUUUCCACUUUCACUCUCAGCAUCUACAGAAUCUGGGAAGAGUCUGAAAGAUGUUUUUCUCAAACAUUCCUUGUCAGCAUAUGUAUGUGGACAUCUUCAUACAAAGUUUGGUGAGAAUUUGAAGCGGCAUCAUCAUUCAGAUAACCGUUUCUUGUCAUUAGAGAAAUAUUUCCAGCUAAAUAUCCACCAAACACUUCAACGGAGUACACCUUUUCAAAAAGAUUGUUCUGAUGGAGCCCCAAGGAUCAACGAAUUCUGGGAGUGGGAGAUGGGUGACUGGAGGAAGAGCAGGGUGAUGCGAGUAUUGGCCAUUGACGCUGGUCAUGUUUCAUUUGUUGAUAUUGAUUUUAAGAUGGGAGCUAAGAAAACUAUAAUACUGCCUACAUUUCCACUAGAUUCAUGUUUCAUGUUAACAGCUUCAUUUCUCCAUGAGUAUAGAUGUUCAACUGACCAAUCAUCUUUUGAGACUGUCCGAGCUUUGGUAUUCUCAUCUCUGCCAAUUUUGUCAGUAGUGGCAAGAGUCUUUGACUCUAGGCUAGGAAAUUUUGAUAUGGUCAUGGAGGCAACUAUGAGAAAGCAUGAGAACUCUAGCAGAGGAGAUCUCUACACUACCCCAUGGAACUGGAGAGCCUUUGACGAUCCAUCUCCUGAUCGAUUCUGGCUGCAAAUAGAAGCAACUGAUAUAAUGGGAAGAUCAACAUUAAGCAAGUUAAGGCCAUUCUCCAUUAAUGGUCUGACUGCAAAACUUAGUUGGAAUUGGAUGGAGUUUCUCGUUAUGGGUUGUCAAUGGGAUGUUCUAUAUUUCCCAAUUCUGUGGUUUAUUCUUUUGUUUAUCCUUUCCAUGCUUCUUAUUCCCAAAGCACUUCUCAUAUGCUCAAAGAUGCAGUACACAUAUAUGCAUUUCAUUGAUCAAAAAGGCUUCAUACGUGGUAUAUUGUGGGUUCUAACAGAGUUCUGUAGGAUCUCGUUUCUAUGGUAUGGUAUGUUGGUGUACUUGUUCUACCUGAUAUUCUUCCCUUGGUGUUUUGGGAAAGUUUUCACCACAGGUGGAGAUGGGGGUUACAUGACCUACAAGGGUUGGAUUGUGAAUAUUCCUGGUGAAAGGAGUAGACAAGCUUAUAUUGGACAUCCGGAUAUAAUGGUAGUUAUUUUACCUCAUCUCUUUUUUGUAGUCAUGCCAGCUGUUUUGGUUAUGGGAGCUUUUGCUGCCGAAAGAGCAGUUUAUCGGCUUUACUUCCUGUCACUAUCAGGGAAAAAAGAUGAUGAUUGUACCGAAGAAAGUAGGGGAUCACUGUAUGGCUAUCAAGGCAAUAACGGAUCAAAGUUUUUCUUUGGUGGGCGUCUGGUGAGAAAAUUUCUCAUGGUGAUUUGCUUGGUCAUCUGUUGGACACAUUGGAAGCUUUGUAGAGUUCUGACAAAAGCGUAUGAAAUGAACCCAUUUCUUCAUUCACCGGGAUGUUGCCUGCCAAUUCCACUCCUCUUGGCUUAUGCAGUGUACAAGACUAGGAGAGUUUGAUGAGUAGCUUUGAUGACAAGGAAGUUCAAUGUGUACUGUGUAGCUCUAGAGGUAUGAUAUCAUAUCACUGGGCUAAUGCACAAAGGUUACUGAUGGGAAAAGGAUAUGUGCAUGUGUACAUAAGGCUUAAAAUGUUUUCAUGAGUCUCAGAUGAAAUAUGAUGAAGAAAUGCAGCACAUGGAGUUUUAAAAUAUGGAUUGGACAUCUUGAGAGUGAUUAAAUGCAACACACCCUUGUGUUCAAGCCACUAAUCUGAAGCAUAUGGAGGUGCUGGACUUGGGACCCAUCUUACUUCCCAAAAAGAGGUGAAUAGUGAAGUACCAGGUACCUUAGAGAGUGAAAGUACCAGGUACAAGUAGAAGGUAUUUUUAUAAACUGAAGUCGGAACUUCUUCAUUGUACUACAUUUCUAACUUUAUUAAAUGAGAAAUGACAAAAGAAUUGGUGUUCUUUGAGUCAA